CACGGCCGCAACUCCCAUCGAAAUCUCAUACUCAACCUUGAUGGGGCGUAAGGCGAAGGCGGCGGCGGCGGCGGCGGCGGCGGCGGCGAUUGCCGGUACUGAGUCAGCCUUCGGCCGUCAUCUUUCGAGCCCAGGAUCAUCCACGGUGAGGAAGCGGCUACGCGAUUCCUCGGAAAAUCUUCCUACUCAUUUUUCGAUCCCAGGAUCAUCCACGUUGUGGAAGCGGCUACUCGAUUCCUCGGAAAAUCCUCCUACUCCGGCGGGGUCAAUACGCCACACAGAUCCCAGCUUGGCCAAGGAAAUCUUGGUGCUGUUUGAGACGCCCUCUGGCUUCGCAAUUUUCUCUUUGAAGUACGACCUCAACCAACCAGACGUGAUGAAGAAAAUCUGGGCAAUCUUUGUCAAGGAUUAUAGGUCACGAAAGCACGUUUGCCUGAAAGAGUUUCAAAAGUUCAAGGACAAGUCCAGUGCGUUUAAUCGUGGUACUGCUGCCAAUAAGGAGCUUGCUGAGAUGAUAUUGCGCCAUCACCGCCCUGGUCAGGCAUUGGCUGUUGGAAAACCUGAAUAUAAAAGAUUCAUUGAAACAAGCCUGCAGGAUGUGCCUUGCCUCUUCAAUGAAACUGUGAUGGAGGUGAUGUGGGGCCUGGAGAAUCUCAUGCAUAGUUUAGUUCCCCAAGAAGAAGUGAAGCUGACGAAGGAGGACCGCCUGCCAAUAUGCCAAGGAAUAAAAAUAUUCCUGAAUCAUCAUGGCUUUGAUGUCAAACCAGAGAUGGUUAGUUCACAGGUUAAUGAGAAGGUGCUUGUGACAGCAUGCAUAUUGGUUGAUGCUGAAUUGAUUGAAGAUACAAAUACUAAAACCUUGCGCUGGGCUGCUGGCAAGCUGAAGGAUGUGUCUGGCAUUAACACAAAUGACUGGACCAAUCUGAAGAUAGUAAAGGCUCUGAAGAUCAUCUUUGAACCUAUUUUAACAACUCUAGCUGAAAUGGAGAUGUUCGCUCCAAAAGAGUUAGAAACCUUGUUGAGGGAUGAAGAUAAGUAUGACGACCUGAUUAUUCAGGACACUAUCCUGAACAUCGACCUUGAACUUGCGCAGGCAAGUCAGCUUAAGAAAAAUGCCAUGAGAAACCUGGCAACCUUGCUUAGCUAGCUGAAUAAAGCAUGCGAGGAGAAGCAGAUUCUAUAUAUCUAUAUAUGAAAAAAAAAGGUGAUUUGGAAAUCUGAUUCCUGGGUGGCGAGGCUGCCAUGCACAUCCCGGAUCAAAGUGUUGGACAUGUAUGUUUGUGGAUUAGUACUGUAUACUCUGGAAACUCGCUAUAAUUCGACUAGAGUCUUAAUUCUAUUUUGAAUUUUCUCUACUGUUCAAUCUGUUAAAACUCCAGAUCAAAGGAGUAUUACAAA